AUCAGGUGAUAGAUUGCUCGUCGUCGGCCAUAUUUGCCCUUGUUUUGACGAAAAUGUGAGAAAAAGUGGCCCUGCAUCACUAAAUCUAUUGGGAAAAUACAACGUUUCCGCAUGUUGGGUGUCAAUGACAAAACGUCAAAAGGAAAUAAGGUGAACGGCAACAAGUGAUGGGGACCUGGUGCAGAAUGUCUCCAAUGGACCAAGGUUCCAACCAAGGAAUUGUUUUUCUUUUAGGAAUAUCCUACAACAAGAAGUAUGAGCCACCGAAUCCACGGCGCCUACACACGCUCAUGUCGACUGAGGAUGCACUCGCAGGCAAGAAGUCAUACUGGCCAGAACUAGAAAUUACAGGCACGAUCCGGAACCUCAGCCCUGAGCUGUGGAAGUUACAACACCUGACAUCCCUAUACCUGAAUGACAACAAUCUAUCACGCAUUCCGCCAGAGAUCUGCCGACUAUCUUACUUGACGUACCUGGAUUUGUCGUCGAACAAGUUGCGGAGCCUACCGUUCGAGCUCGGCAACAUGAUCAUGCUCCGGGAGCUGCUACUAAACAACAACUACCUUCGCGUGCUGCCCUACGAGCUAGGCAAGCUCUUCCAGCUGCAGAACUUCGGACUGAAGGGCAACCCACUCUCGGCCGAGAUUCUCAGCAUCUACAGCGAGCCGAACGGCACGGUGAAGCUGCUCACGUACAUGCUCGACCACCUGACGGUGAACGCCGUGCAGCCGACGACGCGGCAGUGGGUCGUCACCGAGAAUGGCGAGCGAGCGCACACCAGCGCGGUGUUCACGGUGAUGUGCUACAACGUUCUCUGCGACAAGUACGCGACACGGCAGAUCUACGGCUACUGCCCGAGCUGGGCGCUCAACUGGGAAUACCGGCGAAAAGGCAUCAUGGAGGAUAUCAGGCAGUACGCGGCCGACAUUAUCAGCUUGCAGGAGGUCGAAACGGAUCAGUUUUACAAUUUCUUCCUGCCUGAGCUCAAGCGGGACGGAUACGAUGGCAUUUUUUCGCCAAAGUCUCGAGCAAAGACUAUGCUGGAGUCUGAACGAAAAUUUGUAGAUGGUUGUGCAAUCUUCUAUAGAACAUCAAAGUUCUCACUGGUGAAGGAGCACCUUGUAGAGUUUAACCAGCUGGCGAUGGCGAACGCCGAGGGUUCCGAUGACAUGCUCAAUCGCGUGAUGACCAAGGACAACAUCGGCCUCGCAGCAUUGCUAGAAACCAAAGAAGCAAUAUUCGAGAACGGCCUGCCGCCAGACCCCGCGCAGGCGCGCCAGCUGGUGCUCAUCUGCACCGCGCACAUGCACUGGGACCCGGAGUACUGCGACGUGAAACUCAUCCAGACGAUGAUGCUGAUGUCGGAGCUGAAGACGAUCGCCGAGGAGUCGCAGAGCUUCCGGCCCGGCUCGCACACGGCCGACCCGAACACCAUACCCACCCUGCUCUGCGGCGAUCUCAACUCCUUGCCGGACUCCGGGGUUGUCGAGUUUCUGCGGUCGGGUAAGGUGGGCAUCACCCACGCCGACUUCAAGGACCUGAGCUACUCGACGGUGCUGCGCAAGCUCAGCAGCACGGAGAAGAAUCUGGACGAUUUCACACAUUCCUUCAAGCUGGAGCGCGCGUACGACAACGAGAUCAUGCCUUACACAAACUACACGUACGACUUCAAGGGCAUCAUCGACUACAUCUUCUACUCGCGGCAGCACUUCAAGCAGCUCGGCCUGCUCGGCCCCAUCGACGAGCUGUGGUUCAGGGAGAACAAGGUGGUCGGAUGCCCGAACCCGCACGUGCCGUCCGACCACUUCCCGCUACUCGUCGAGUUUGAGAUGCAUCCCGCGCAGUCGCCGCCGAACGGCCUGACGCGCGCCGUCCACCGAUAGUAGCAGGAGAACGCCAGGGGGCGCCCCCGUGUAAAUUGCCCUUGCCCUGAGUGACUGCGGAUCGUCGUCGUUCUCUCCCGUUCGUGUUUUUUCUACCCCCGCGUCGCGAGCGCGUGCGCGAGGCCGGUUCUCUCCCGCGCACGUGCUCGGGGCGUCGUCGUGCGUCGCAGCCCCGGGGCGCGGUUACGCGCACCAACGUGCGCGUGCCUGGCUGGUUUCUUCCUACAACUGCGUUCUGUGGGGUCCCUCCUGUCGGCGCGCGGUGCCGCUACACGCGCUGAGUCCUCUUGCGUCACUAUUUGUAGCGCAAGCGGGCGUUCGGCAUCGUUUGGCGGCGUGCGACGUGAAUUCGACGCGCCGUCGCGUUGCCGGUCGCGCAACCCACCCCGCGGUAACGCGAGCAGGGAGGGUACCACCCGCACGCACGCACGCACCCACGCACGCACGCCUCGGGCAGUAGCGGUGGCGGCAGCGGCCAGGAUUCGAAGCUUGGAUUUUGUAAACUUUGUACAGGUGCUCGUCGCACCCCACGCGCGCCGCUCUGCUGCGUGUCUCGCCUCGCUGCUGUUUUACGCACUGUAAAUUACGCGGUUGUCACCGGCCGAUGUAUAUAUGCGACUACUACUAGGUGAAGAAGACAUUUUAAAAUGGUGUCAGCACCCCCUAGACAUCCUCAUCCAGAUUGUUAUUGGUCAAAUUUGGGCAUGGGCGGCGCGUAACCGCCGCCCCUAGUUAUUCGCUGGAAAUUUCCCGUGACGAGAAAUGCUAGUCCAUCCAUGUUGGUCAGUGCCAAAGCGAACUGUUCUGAUUAUGUAUUUUAUAGAGGGUCCAACCGGUCCAGUGUAUCACACUGCCAUGUAAGAGUAACGUCACCCAGUUACGUAAAUGCAUGUGUCUAUACGCGUUCGUUUGUGCAUAUGUUCAUGUGUGUAGCGCGUGCUCACGUGGGCUUGCGUGCGUGUGUACAUAUGUGCAUGUAUCCAUGUGUAUUGUGCAUGUUAAGGUGUUCAUGUGAGCAUGCACGUGUGCGUACUUGUCUGUGCGUGCAUGGUCCCUAUGGACGUGCGUGCGUAGCCAUGUGUGUACAUAUUCCAUGUGCGCGUGCGUGCCUAGCCAUAUGUGUACAUGGUUUCUGUGUGCGUGCCCGUCUGUGUGUGCGUGUGCACAUGUUCAUGUGAGUGCGCGUGCUUCCGCAGUCAUUCAAAGAUCAGAUCUCAGUUGGUGAGUGAAGAGCUCGUGAGAUCGUUUUAUCCCCUCCACGAUCACACAGUCACUCGGUGGCAACCGGAUGGCAUUUGGACACCCGCUGCUGCUGUCUCUUAGCCACGGUAUAUGCGACGAACAUUGUAAAUUUGUGAAUUUUAAAAUCAGAUGACAAUUUUUAACUACACUAAUUUUCAUCCAGAGAGUAUUUUUAAACGCCGUAUACGGUGCCAUUUAAUGCCCUGGGAUGCGGUGGCUGGGCGAUCACAUUGUUGCCACCACCGAUGGUGAAGAGAGAGGUAAAGACGAAGGUCGAAUGAGCGAGGCCGUGUGUGUAUGUACAGAUGAUGAAGAUGUAAAUUGAGAUAAUUUUUUGUAGUUUUUA